GCGGAGGGCUGGAGAGGCACGGCGGCGGGCGGGUGCGGCUGGCUCCCGGGGCCACGGGCGGCGGGCGCAGGGACCGCGGAGCUGAGGGCGGGGGCCGGGCCAGGGCCGGAGGCGGCGCGCCGCGGACACCGGGUCCGCUCGCGGCCGCUCACACCCACCCGACGCGACUUCCCUCGGCUGCCCGGGCUCCGCUCAUCCUGCGGCGGGCGGCGCCGCUCCCGGGGCGGGAAGAGGAGGCGGUAGACGCGGCCGGAGAAGAUGUCGGGCCAGACGCUCACGGAUCGGAUCGCCGCCGCUCAGUACAGCGUGACAGGCUCCGCUGUAGCCAGAGCGGUGUGCAAAGCCACCACUCAUGAAGUGAUGGGCCCCAAGAAGAAGCACCUGGACUAUUUGAUCCAGGCUACCAAUGAGACCAAUGUUAAUAUUCCUCAGAUGGCGGACACGCUCUUUGAGCGAGCAACAAACAGUAGCUGGGUGGUUGUAUUUAAAGCUUUAGUCACUACGCAUCAUCUCAUGGUGCAUGGAAAUGAGAGAUUUAUUCAGUAUUUGGCCUCUAGAAAUACACUAUUCAAUCUCAGCAAUUUUUUGGACAAAAGUGGAUCCCAUGGUUAUGAUAUGUCUACCUUCAUAAGGCGCUAUAGUAGAUAUUUGAAUGAAAAGGCUUUCUCUUACAGACAGAUGGCAUUUGAUUUUGCCAGAGUGAAGAAAGGGGCUGAUGGUGUCAUGAGGACAAUGGCUCCUGAGAAACUACUGAAGAGUAUGCCCAUACUACAGGGACAGAUUGACGCGCUGCUGGAAUUUGACGUACAUCCAAAUGAACUAACAAAUGGUGUCAUAAAUGCUGCAUUUAUGCUUCUUUUCAAGGACCUUAUCAAACUUUUUGCUUGCUACAACGAUGGAGUUAUUAAUUUACUUGAAAAGUUUUUUGAAAUGAAGAAAGGACAAUGUAAAGAUGCUCUAGAAAUUUACAAACGAUUUCUAACUAGGAUGACACGAGUGUCUGAAUUUCUCAAAGUUGCAGAGCAAGUUGGCAUUGAUAAAGGUGACAUUCCUGACCUCACACAGGUUUUGAUGUCAGGAAUUCUGGUUGAUCUGAAAACUACUGGUAAAGAAAAGUCUCCUUUUAAAGACUGUACCACUGAUGAAUCGGCUCCCAGCAGUCUUAUGGAGACCCUUGAACAGCAUCUAAAUACAUUAGAAGGAAAGAAACCUGGAAACAAAUCUGGUGCUCCCUCUCCAUUAAGUAAGUCUUCUCCAGCCACAACUGUUACGUCGCCUAAUUCUACACCAGCUAAAACUAUUGACACAUCCCCUCCAGUUGAUUUGUUUGCAACUGCAUCUGCGGCUGUACCAGUCAGCGCUUCUAAACCAUCUAGUGAUCUCCUGGACCUGCAGCCAGACUUCUCCUCCGCAGGGGCGGCAGCAGCCGCGACACCAGCACCACCACCACCAUCUUCAGGAGGCGCCACUGCGUGGGGGGACCUCUUGGGAGAGGAUUCUCUGGCUGCACUUUCCUCUGUUCCCUCCGAAGCACAGAUUUCAGAUCCGUUCGCACCAGAACCUACUCCUCCUGCUACAACUGCUGAAAUUGCAACUACUUCAGCCUCUGCCUCAACUACUACAACUGUCACUGCUGUCACUGCUGAAGUGGAUCUCUUUGGAGAUGCCUUUGCAGCUUCUCCCGGGGAGGCCCCUGCAGCAUCCGAAGGGGCCACUGCGCCAGCACCCCCGACCCCUGUAGCCGCGGCGCUUGAUGCGUGUUCAGGAAACGACCCCUUUGCCCCGUCUGAAGGUAGUGCAGAGGCUGCACCCGAGCUGGACCUCUUUGCAAUGAAGCCACCUGAGACCAGUGUUCCUGUAGUUACCCCUACAGCUAGCACAGCCCCUCCGGUUCCCGCCACCGCUCCUUCUCCUGCUCCCACCGUCGCAGCUGCCACCUCUGCCACUACCGCUGCCACCACAGCUGCCGCUGCCACCACUGCCACCACCUCCGCCGCCACCACCACCGCUCCUCCUGCUCUAGAUAUCUUUGGUGAUUUAUUUGAGUCUGCUCCCGAAGUCGCCCCCGCGCCUAAGCCAGAUGCUGCUCCUAGCAUAGACCUGUUUGGGACAGAUGCUUUCUCCUCUCCACCACAAGGGGCCUCUCCCGUGCCUGAGAGUUCUCUCACUGCUGACCUCCUAUCCGUGGAUACGUUUGUAGCACCAUCUCCUGCAACCACUGCCUCGCCAGCAAAGGUGGAUUCUUCAGGUGUGAUAGACCUUUUUGGGGAUGCAUUUGGAAGUAGUGCUUCUGAACCUCAACCUGCACCUCAGGCUGCUUCUAGCUCGUCAGCAUCUGCAGACCUACUAGCUGGAUUUGGGGGUUCUUUCAUGGCCCCUUCCCCAUCACCAGUGACUCCUGCUCAGAAUAACCUGCUACAGCCCAAUUUUGAGGCAGCUUUUGGAACCACGCCUUCAACUUCUAGCAGCAGCUCCUUUGAUCCGUCAGUGUUUGAUGGUCUAGGUGAUCUUCUGAUGCCAACCAUGGUGCCAGCCGGGCAGCCUGCGCCCAUCUCCGUGGUACCUGCCAGUUCUGCGGUGGCAGCAAGCAAAGCUCUUGGCAGUGAUCUUGACUCGUCUCUUGCCAGCUUAGUAGGCAAUCUUGGAAUUUCUGGUACCACGUCCAAAAAGGGAGAUCUUCAGUGGAAUGCCGGAGAGAAGAAGUUGACUGGGGGAGCCAACUGGCAGCCAAAAGUAGCCCCUGCCACCUGGUCAGCAGGCGUCCCACCCAGUGCGCCCUUGCAAGGAGCUGUACCUCCAACUAGUUCAGUUCCUCCUGUUGCUGGGGCCCCAUCUGUCGGACAACCUGGAGCAGGAUUUGGAAUGCCUCCUGCUGGGACAGGCAUGCCCGCGAUGCCUCAGCAGCCUGUCAUGUUUGCACAGCCCAUGAGGAGGCCACCCUUUGCAGCCGCAGCUGUACCUGGCACACAGCUUUCUCCAAGCCCUACACCUGCCACUCAGAGUCCCAAGAAACCUCCAGCAAAGGACCCAUUAGCGGAUCUUAACAUCAAGGAUUUCUUGUAAACAAUUUAAGCUGCAAUUUUUGUGACUGAAUAGGAAAAAGAUAAUGAGUUUGGACACUUCAAAUAAGACUGAUGCUCAGAGUUUCAAAGAGAGCCACCAGUACCAAUCCCAAUGCUUAUACAUAACUUCUCUUCCAAAAUGUGUAGCACAGCUGUGAAAGUGAACAUUAGGAAUGUGUACUACCUUAGCUGUUAACCCUACUCUCAAAAUUGUAGUGUAUAUGGGUUCUUUGUGUGUUGUACGAUGUAAACAACGAAUGGAUGUUUCUAAUGCCUUUAGUGCUUUUCUGGACCUCACCCAUGGAUGGAUGAUGCAGCUGUUGUGUGGUGAGCCAUUUGGAAAGACGUGUCUGUGUUUCUGAAGGUUUCAAUGUAUAUAUAACUUUUGGACAAACCUAAACUCUCCCCAUAAAUUCUCUUUUCUUCUGUAUGUACGUUACAAACAUAGUGUGAUGAUAUCAGAUAGUAAAGAAAACACUCUUAAAUAUACAGAACUUUUUUCGGUGUGGAGUACACUUUUCCAAUCACAGGAACUUCAGCUGUUGUGGGAAAUGUUUAUUUUUGUGGCACUGUAUAUGUUAAGAACUUUUAUUUUAAAAAAAUAUAAAGGUUAAUGUCCAUAACAAAUAUUUCUCCUCGAAGCUACCUUAUCAAGAAUGAAAAUCAUAUGGGAAGAAUUCCAUAUUCAAUCACUGCUAUAUUAAAAUAUAUAUUUUAAUUAUAUUUGACAGGUUUUGCAUCUAAAUUGACCUAUUUGUUCAGUUUUGACUCAAGGCACUGAAAAGUGAAGGGUCCAUUUCCGUCAUGUCCGUGAAAAUGCAAUUAGAAAUGUGCUAUUCAAGUGAUUAUAAAGGCACCCCAAGGUAUAACUGUAAUUUAAAGAUUACUGCAAAUAUUUUUAUUUUCUUGUGAGUUUUAUGUACAUCUGUUAAUUUAGUAUUUCUUUAUGUGUUCUGUAGAGUAGUGUUCUUCCAUCCCUCAAUUGAGCUCAAAGUAGGUUUUGUUGUACCAUUGUGAUUAGAAUUUAAACUAAAUCAGAGAAUUGUAUCCUUUACUGUACAUAUUGUAUUCUUUAAUUUUUAAGUUGUUGUCAUAUUGUCUGUGCUGAUGGCUUGGCUUAAGAUUUCGAUGCAUAAAUGAGAUCACUGUUGAUCAGUGUUGCUAGUGGCUUGGCAGUUCUUCGUUAAAGCAUAUUGGGUUGGAAAGGUGUUUGCCUUUUUUUCAAAUUAUUCAAUAGAUGUAUGGUACCAUUUAAAAGUGGUUGUAUCUGAAUUUACUGUGGGGAUAACAUACACUGUAAUGGGGAAAAAUUACCUAAAACCAAUUUCAAAAUGGCUUUUCUUUGUAUUUCAGUUUAAAAACCCAGUGCAUGUAUGCCCUCUGAGAUGCAAUAAACACCUUGAACAAAGAAAAUGCAAACAUAAUCUUUCUCUUUUGAUUAUUUCUUAGGGGAAAAAGUCUGUUUCAGAUGACACACGUAUCAUAUACAAAAUAUUGCAAAUGUUAAAACAUUUAGGAUGAGAAAUGCGGUCUGUGCCAACAUAGUUUUGAUUAUUUUCCAAUAAAGUAAAGACAAGGAUAAAAAGAACAAUUUUAAUCAGCUGUCA